ACUUCCGCCGCGCGGCAAGCCUUGCCGCGUCCUGUGGGCACGAGGCAAAAGUCCUUGGGUAUACGGCAUUGAUGCUACACUCGAAUGCGCAUGUGCAAAAAAAUGAUUCCUCUAACAACACUGCAGUGGCGCAAACUUCAGAGGAUAUUGCGUCGUGGUUGUCAAAUGAAUAUCAACCCUUUGUCAUUCCGUUGUUUCUUAUAUUCCGAGUAUUUGUGUUCUUUUAUGGUCUUCUAUACCAUCAUCGAUUCUCAAAGUGUCUCCGAAGCGAGAACAUCCGGAUACACGAUAUUUUCGACAGCCGAUGUGCAGUGUACCCGGUCGACGAAAAUCUCCAAGAAUUCUUGAGUGAUAAAUUGUUAGAAUAUCGAUAUGGAUUUGUUGUUUUUUUCUUCCAUAGAUGAGGCCACGAAGACGUGGCUUGAUAGCCUGCAUCGAAUGUGGGCACUAUGGAAGAAGUGCGAUGGUGUCAGUAAAACGUUGACGGAUUACUUCGAGACGGCACCAAAUCCAUAUCUCAGCACAUUGAGAAUUCUUGUCAACAUCUCGGAUUUUGAUCACAUGACGAAUAGCAAAUCGCUUGCGUUUGCAGUGAUAGAUGAGUUUUCAAAUUGGAUAGAGGAGAGAAAGGAAGGUUACAAGGAAUUUCUUGUACCUGAUUUAAAAUUAGCAGCAUUUAAAUUAGUAAGGCAGAAACAAAUGAAACAGAUGCUUUUAAUAAAGAAGAUAUCCACCAUAUAUGAUUUUGUGGAGCAUAAAGAUAUAUUCCUACAAACGAUAGAGGAUAUGAUACGACAGAAAGAAUAUAAAGAAGCUGCGCAAUACGCGGCAAUGUUACAAUUGCAAAGUCAUUUUAUGGAUCCGAAAAUAUUGUUGCUACCUCUCAUACUGCAGAAUAAAUUACAAAUUGUUGAAGAGUUCUUAACAGGCUGUCCAGAGGUACAAAAAGCCUUGACGACUUAUUUAGACAACUUGAUAGCACCAGGAAAAAACGUGCAGAUUGUAUUGGAACAAUUUAUUUAUACAAAUGAUAUACCAGAUGUUAAAAUAUCGUUUACACAAGUUCGUCCGAUAACUAAACUUAUUGCACGUCUGAUGAAGCAAUACAAUUUAUCACCUGACGCAUGUCCUCAUUUAAAUACAAAACGAAACGAAGGAGCAUUGCAAUUCCUUUUACAUAAGCGCUAUGUGGAUGGUAGCUUAAAUAUCGCCAGUUGGAGAGAGAUGGUGAGAGAAGCGAUAGGAAACGAUGUUAAAUUACAAACGGAGUUACUCACAAUGUUAAUUAAUGCUAACGAUGCACAAGAAGGAUUAUAUUGGGCAAAGGAAUACGAAAUACCUAAAGAUGAAUGGCCAUGGGCUAUUGUGCAUGUAGAAGAACAAAGUGCACAAAUGGUAAAUGAGGGCGCUUCCACAAGCAAGGAGAAAACUACUUGGGAACCAAAUGAGGAUGUGAAUUAUCAUGUUUUAAAAUUACCAAGGGAAAACAUCAAAUUGAUAGACGAUAGACGAUUUUUUGAAGAGUUUCUUGAUAAUGGAUUAAGAGAUAUUAAUAUGGUUGGAAUUGACGUAGAGUGGAAGCCUAGUUUUGGAACUAAGCAGCCUGAAUUGGCACUUAUGCAAAUAGCUACUGAAGAAAACGUUUACAUUCUGGAUGUAACUACUAUUGGCAAUCAAUUGCCUGAACAUCAAUUGCCUGAACUCUGGAAUGAACUUGGUCUUGUAUUAUUUGGAAAUAAAGACAUUAUCAAAAUUGGAUUUGGAAUAGCCCAAGACGUGACUGUAAUACGGAAUAGUUUACCUGCUUUGUCAUCCGUUAAAACAUACGGCCAAGGAUACCUUGACUUGAUGCUUUUAUGGAGAAAAUUAACAGAAGAAUACAAUUUUAUUUUUCCAUACAAAGGUGAUCCAAAUUUUACGAACAAAAGUUUAAGUAAACUUGUGGAAUUGUGCUUUGGACAAAAACUUAAUAAGUCGGAUCAAUUUUCAAAUUGGGAGUUGAGACCUUUAAGAGAAAGUCAAAUAAUAUAUGCUGCACUGGAUGCACAUUGUUUAGUGGAGAUAUAUAAUGUAUUGGCGGAUUAUUCAGCAGAUAUGGACAUACCAUUUGAAGAUAUUUGUGCUGAAAUACAGCAUAUUUCGCAAGCUCAUAGAAAGAUAAAUGCGAAUAAACCUGUAUAUAAGAAAUAUAUGCAUUCGAAUCCAACAAUGCCUAAUAGAGACAAGGAGGAUUAUGGCAUGAACACAGGAGCUUCCCCAAAAUAUAGAACAGCAUACAGGCCUACGCCCAAAUAUGGGCAUCAUAAUAAACAAAAUCAGGGUAGAUCUGUAUACCAUGAAUUGUCUAACAAUAGUCGACAUGAUAGCCAAAGAUAUGAUAACUAUGAUAAUUUUAAUCGCGAUAAAAAUGUGCUUAGUGGAAUAAUCCGAGUUGACGAUGGGAGAUAUGAUGAUCGAAGAAGAUAUGACGAAAAUUAUGAUACUUAUAAUCACAAAGGUGCGCAUAUCGGAGUAAACCGAGUUGAUGGAAGACAUGAUAAUCAAAGAAAAUUUGAUAAUCACAAUCAAAAUAAAUACACAAAUUUCAAAAUGAAUCAAGCGGCCAAUGACGGAAGAUAUAAAAAUCAGAAGAGACAUGAUAAUUAUAAUAGAUAUGAGUCCCAGAGUAGACAUGGUAAUCAGGAUAGACGUGAUAAUUACAAUCAGUAUGACAAACAGAGUAGAUGGGAAGAUAUUCAAAGUAGACGAAAUACUCAAAGUAGACAGAAUAAUGUGGGUAGAUCCGAACUCAUGCAACAACGGAAUUUGGAUCCAAUACCUGCGCAUACAUGGCGCGUUGUAUGUGACUCUAUGCUGGGUGGUUUGAGUAGUAAAUUGCGCAUGUGUGGAAUAGAUACCAUACAUGUAUUAUUUGAUCAAGGAGGGGACGAUUCCGCUAGAGUGGCAAUGCGCGAAAACAGAAUUUUACUAACGCGUAAUAAAAAUUAUGAAAGAUUUAAGCAAUAUCUACCGUUGAAGAAUUGCUACAGAAUAAUGGCUGACACACCUGACAACCAACUACGUGAAGUUUUACAUCAUUUUGGUGUUUUCAUAACGCAAAAUGAUAUUUUCAGCCGAUGCCAAAUAUGUAACUGCGAUGAAUUUGUGAAAGUUCCAAAGAAACUGAUGGAUGAUCUUGUGCAAAGCUUCGUGAAAAUUAUAAGAAAAAACAAUUAUCGAGUAUUGCCUAAUCAAGUCGAGAAUACGUUAGAAGCCGACGCCGACAACUCCGAUUCAAACGAAGACUUCGAAAUUAUGCGGAAUCCGAAUAAUUAUUUUACAAACAGCGAGCAUCGUACAUGGCGUUUGUCCACGGAUACUCUUGAUAUUGAUGCGUGUACGACUAGGUAUCACAUGCGGAUACAAAUCGAUAAAGUUCCACUGAAUGUAUUGAAGAACGUACAAGUUUUUUAUAUCUGUGAACAUUGCGGGAAGAUUUAUUGGGACGGCUCGCACUUGGAGCGAGCUCUUAAUGGCGUUAUCAAAGAUUUAAUUGUCAAAUAAUAAGUAUUAGUAUUAAAUGUGAUAAAAAAGUGCGCGUUUGAAGAGUUGGGAGAGCACAAACAAAACAAAAAUCAAAAAAUCGUUUUUAGUUUGAAAUUUUGAGUGCAUGCUAAUCGUUCCUACAAUUUAUGAUGCCAAUAGUAAAUAUGUAAUAUUAUUACGCUUAAUCGAAACUUCUGGUUAUAAUAAUAUCUGUUGCAUAUAUAUAUAAAGUCAUGUUUUAUCGCGUUCUUAUAUUUUUUAAAGUACAAUAACAAUAUUUUGUUUUAUUUUAUCUGUAUUAUAUAGUGAUGUCAUCUAACAUAAUCGAAAUAUGAUGUAGUCAAUAUAACAAUCAAUUUUAUUUUAAAAUUAAUUGUUAUAUUGAUUACAUCAUAUUAUGAUUAUGUUGCCAUAGAUUUUUUAAUCCGUAAUGGUCACACUUCCAAAUAAUAACAUAAUGGUCACCUGGGGUUUACUGGACCCCCCUGCACAAAAUCAAUCAUCAUUUGUCAGCUUUUUGAUAUUUCGUCGCAAAAAGCUGACAAAUGACUGAUUUUGUGCAGGGAGGUUCUCUGUUCUUUAACAUCCAAUAAUUUUUUUAAAAUUAGAAUUUAACAUAAUGAAAAAAA